AUGUGGCUGAUCAACACAAGCACCCUUGAGCUUGAGGAGUUCAUCGGCAGCGACAUACCCAGUUAUGCCAUUCUCUCGCACACAUGGGAAGAUGGAGAGGUCACAUUCCACGACGCCAAAGCAAAGCUACUGGAGAAGCAGAACUCUCAAGGCGCCCGCAAGGUAGCAAAAGCAUGCGAACUUGCGGCCCAACAAGGACUGGCCUACGCCUGGGUCGAUACGUGUUGCAUCGACAAGUCCAGUAGUGCGGAGCUCACAGAGGCCAUUAACUCCAUGUUCCAAUGGUAUCGCUCGUCGAAUAUUUGCUUAGUCUACCUCUCCGAUUUCGAACCACACGAGAAUAACACUUGA